UAACCGGAAGCGCCGUUGCCCGGCAACGCGCGCGCGAGGGGUGCCGGGAAGGAACGGCCGCGGCCUGCGCGCCCCAUGGAGCCGGGCCUGGACCUGGAGGAGCGCACGGAUUGGCUGCUGCGGAGGAGCUACGCCCUCCUCCAGCGGGGUCCCGCCCCUCGCCCAGGCCCCGCCCCCGCCCCCUGCGCUGGCCCCGCCCCUUCCGGGGACCCCCUCCUCCAAUGGCGGCUGCGGAGGAGGGCGGAGCCCGCAGAGGAGCCCCAAUGGGGGCGGCCAUGUUGGACAUCACGUGACCGCUCGGAGGCGCCGAGGCCUUUGGGGAAGGACUCCCGUGAGCCCUUGCGGCUGGAGCCGCGCUGGAGGCCAUGUGACCCUCGUGGUGAGCCACAGCCAAUCGGGAGCGGCUCCCAGGAGCCGCUGUGGGGGCAGCCAUGUUGGAUGUCACGUGACCCAUGGGUGGCGCCGAGGCCUUUGGAGGACUGCUCCCAUGAUGCUUUGCGGCAGGAGCCGCCUGUGAGGUCACGUGACCCCUGCGAGUCACCGCAGCCAAUCAGGAGCAGCUCCCAGGAGCCGCUGUGGGGGCAGCCAUGUUGGAGGUCACGUGACUCGGUUGAUCCCACAAGGCCUACAGAGGACAGCUCCCAUGAGCCUUUGCGGCAGGCGCCAUGUUCGAGGUCACAUGACCCCUGCGAGGCCUCACAGCCAAUCAGGAGCCGCCCCCAGGAUGCUUCGCGCCGGGGGACGCCAUUGCAGGAGCGCUGCGCCCACGGUGCCGCGCGGGAGGAGCCAUCUUUGAGGUCACGUGACAGCCAGGAGGCACCACAGCCAAUCAGGAGCGGCUCCCAGGAUGCUUUGCAGCCUAUCAAGGACGGCACCCACGAUGCUCCGGUUGAUCCCAUCCUGCGGCUGCUCCGGCGCCGGCGCCGGCUCCUGUGGCAGAGCCUGAGGGCCGUGGACUCCGUCCUGGCGGCGCUUCCGGACAACAGCCACUGAUGGGGACCAAGAUGGCGGCCGCGGCUCGGGACUACAACUCCCAUCAUGCACCGCGCUGCCAUAGAGCCUCAGUGAUGCUCCACUUCCGGGACUACACCUCCCAUGAUGCUCUGCGGUGUCCAUAGGGCUCCGCUAUGGCGGCGCCCAGCCCGGACUACAGCUCCCAUCAUGCCUCGCGCGUCCCUUUGGCACCCGUUGAAGCUCCACUUCCUGUACUACAGCUCCCAUCAUGCGCCGCGGGCAGGAUGCGCCUAUUGGCCAAGCCCAGGCGCAGGGGGCGGGGCUUGAAGGAGGUGGGAGGGACCUCGGGGGCUGAGGUCCUGGAAGGGCCAUAGAGCAGGUCCUACGGGGAUAACGUGUAAAUAAAGCCGGUCCUACGUUAAUUAUAUGUAAAUAAGAGUGCUCUUGCCUUAAUUAUAUGUAAAUGAGGGUAAUCUUAUGUUAAUUACAUGCGAAUGGAGUUGAUCUAAUGUGAAUUACAUGUGAAUGGGGUCUACAUUAUGCUACUUACAUAUGAAAUGACACGGGAAUUAUGUUAAUUACGUGUAAAUGAGGUCGAGCUUAUGUUAAUUACAUGUAAAUGAGGCCGAUAUUAGGUCAAUUGCAUGUAAAUGAGCUCGAUAUUAGGUUUAUUUCAUGGAAAUGGGGUCAAUCUUAGCUCAAUUACAUGUAAAUGAGGUUGAUCUUAGCUCAAUUACAUGUAAAUGAGGUCGAUAUUAUGCUAAUUACAUGUAAAUGAGAUUGAUAUUACACUAAUUACAUGUAAAUGGACCCGAUCUCAUGCUAAUUACACACAAAGAAGCACGACACCAGGCUAAUUCCACGUAAAUGAGCUCACCUUUAUGUUAAUCAAACAGACCCGACACCACUUCCAAGCCCCAAACCCACCUUUAACCCCCGCCCUCCACAGGCUCCGCCCCCUCCGGCUCUAGC